AUGGAUGAGCCGAUCACGGCCUCAUUUACCAACAAAUUUAUCAUCAUUUCUAUGUACGUGUUAAUAAUAGUAUUAGGCUUCGUUGGUAAUAUUUGUCUAUGUUACGUUUUGGUAAAGGUUCUCCACGUUUCAUUCGAUUCAUUUCUGACGAAGCUAAUCAAUAAAAAAAUCGCCAAUAGUCGAAUCCAGUUUCACGAGCUAAUUUCCUCGAAACGCGAAAGCUCAGGAAUUCGCAUAUCUAAAAAAAUUGAUAAUAGGCGGAGCAGCUUGAAAAUCGUUCUAUGCGCUCCCACAAAUUAUUUCAUCCUCAAUUUGGCCAUCGCUGACCUCUGCAUGGUAGUAGUGUGCGUCCCAUUUAAUAUGAUAAGCGAUUAUAUACUAGGCUAUUGGCCAUACGGUUCAAAUUUAUGUAAAAUCAUAUCUUUCUUACAAGCCACAUCAAUCAUGGCGAGCGUUUUAACUAUGACUGUUUUAACUGUGGAUAGGUAUAUGACGAUCAUGAGUCCGAUAAAUUCUAAAAGACGAAUAACUAUCUCGAGAGCAAAAUUUAUCAUCAUUUUAAUAUGGUUCAUGUCUUCUUUCAUAUCACUUCCCAUACCAUUGGUGUCUCGUUUAGAGUUUUUUCCGAGUUUAACGAAAAAUAUCCAACAGAAACCUCUUGUUAAUAAUACCACGAUUCUCAGCAAGAUUUUGCUUAAUCAUGUUAUAAUUGAUCGAUCUUACGAGAGCAGAGAAUCAUCUUUUGUAAAGAAUGCAAAUCUAAAUAAUAUUUAUCGUGUUGGAAACGAUUCCCAUUCUAAAAAUUUUUUAAUGGAUGCGCACCAACCAAAUCCCAAAUCUUACACCUUUUGUAGAGAAGACUGGUUUAAAAAUAGAAACAAGAUUAUAUUUAGCGCUGUAUGGAUGUUUUUUCACUACGUGGUUCCAUUUGGUACCCUUUUAUUCGCCUAUAUAAAUAUUGGUAAAAAAUUGAAUUCUUCUAACUUAUCUACAGAAUUCGACGGUCAUUAUGAGAAAGUACAAAAAUCACGAAUAAAAGUAUAA